AAAACCAAGAAAUCAAAACAACGAAAUUCAAAGAAGAGAGAGAAAAGAAAGAAAACAAAAGAGAGAGAGAGACGUAAAACAAAGACUCAUCAUUUCAUUAUCCCAUCCCAGACCCAAAGCAAUAAUCUUCCUACCUCUCUUUCUCUCUCAAAGCCGCUUUCCAGAUCUAGCGGUUUUCCGGCGAUCCAAAACCGCCUUCGGACUCUUCUGUCACCGGUUUUCCAGUUCCCUCAACAUCCUACUCUUCCGAUUCUACCCCUGAGAAGCAAAAAUAUCAUUUCUUACUUCUUCCAGAAAAUCAGAAACUCGAUUUCUGUUUUACUUUUGAAUUUCUAGGGUUAUCUUUUUGUAAAUAGAUGGAGAUUUUCGUUUAAGAAGGAUUGAGGCUGUUUCUUUAAAGAAAGGAUUUUGAAAGAAACAGCCUGUGCUUAUGAUUAGAGUCGAAUUGGGUGAAUUUUCUGAGGGUUUUUCUGUAUAUUUUUUUUCUUGGUUUUUUGGGGUGGGGGAUGAGGAACGAUGGGCAGAAACCACAGGGCGGUGUUCCGAGGUCAUCGUCGUCUGGGCGAAGUAAUGGGUUUUUUCCAAGCUCGUUGCGUGCGUUCUCGAGCUACUUGAGGAUCAUGUCGUCCGGGGCCUCGAGUGUUGCUUCGACGGUGCGGUCUGCUGGGGUGUCGGUUGCUUCUUCGAUUGCUGAGCGGGUGGAAGAUGGCAGCCGUGAUCAGGUGCAAUGGGCUGGGUUUGACAAGUUAGAAACUGAGGCGGACAUUGUUCGGCGAGUUCUUUUGCUGGGCUAUAGGUCUGGCUUCCAAGUUUGGGAUGUCGAGGAGGCUGAUGAUGUGCGUGAGCUGGUAUCCAGACAUGAUGGCCCUGUUUCUUUUAUGCAAGUGCAACCAAAUCCAUUAACAUCAAAGAUAUCAGCAGACGAGUUUGCAAAUGUACGCCCACUGCUAGUUGUGGCUGGUGAUGGAGCUCCUGGUGGUGGAGAUAUUCAAGAUGCACCUGGGUCUCCCUGUAAUGGGAGUGUUAACAGUGUCCAUGAGAUGGGAAAUCGAAAUUUCCUGCCCACUGUUGUUCGGUUUUAUUCCUUAAGAUCACAUUCGUAUGUGCAUGUCCUGAAGUUCAGAACAGCCAUUUACUCAGUAAGGUGCAGUCCUCGAGUUGUGGCUAUUUCUCAAGCAGCUCAGAUCCAUUGUUUCAAUGCUACAACACUGGAAAGAGAAUAUACUAUUCUUACUUACCCUAUAGUUUCGGGAUGCACUGGUUCUGGAGGUGUAUGCUAUGGACCACUUGCAGUGGGACCCAGGUGGCUGGCUUAUACUGGAAGUCCCAUUUCGAUUUCAAAUACUGCUCGUGUCAGCCCACAACAUUUGACUUCUAAUGCAAGUUUGUCAACCUCUCCUUCAAAUGGGAGCUUGGUUGCUCAAUAUGCAAAAGAAUCAACUAAGCAGAUUGCUGCUGGUAUAGUGACCCUUGGAGAUGUGGGAUAUAAGAAGUUGUCUAGGUAUUGCUCAGAGCUCCUACCUGAUUGCAAUAAUUCCGUAAGAGCAGGGAAUCUUAAUGGGAAAACGAAUGGCACCAGCAAUGGACACUUGCCUGAUGCUGAAAAUGUUGGAACGGUCAUCAUCAGGGAUAUUGUUAGCAAAUUAGUUGUUGCUCAGUUUAGGGCUCACAGAAGCCCUAUUUCAGCAUUAUGUUUCAAUCCUAGUGGGACCUUACUGGUGACAGCCUCAGUUCAAGGUCAUAAUAUUAAUGUUUUCAGAAUUAUGCCCUCUCCCCUUGGAAGUUCAUCAGGAUUCGAUGCGACCAGAUCUCAUGUGCAUCUUUACAGGCUGCAACGUGGCUUCACAAAUGCGGUUAUUCAAGACAUCAGUUUCAGUGAUGACAGCCAAUGGAUUAUGAUCAGUUCCUCGAGGGGAACAAGCCAUUUGUUUGCAAUAUCACCAUCAGGAGGGGCCAUAAAUCUUCAGACAGAUGAUUUUAGUUUGACAAAUGGCAGCAAUGAAUCGGGUUUGUCGAUUAAGCAUGCAGUUCGUUGGCCACCUAGCACGGUCUCAUCAAAACCCAAUCCACAGAGUCUGUGUGCAUCUGGCCCCCCAGUCACAUUAUCUGUUGUAAGCAGAAUAAAGAAUGGAAAUAAUGGUUGGAGAGGCACCGUAACCGGUGCUGCAGCAGCCGCAACUGGAAGGGUAAGUUCCCUUUCUGGGGCUAUUGCUUCUGCCUUCCACAAUUGCAAAGGCAAGGGUGUGUAUCCAGAUACUAGCUCAUCAAGGACAAAGCACCACCUGCUAGUGUUCUCACCUUCAGGUUGUAUAAUACAGUAUGUGUUGCGUCUAUCUACUGGAGUGGAUUCCAUUGCUGAUGUUUCAGGACUAACCGUUGCACAUUACGAAUCAGCACCAGAUGCUGAUGUGAGGUUAGUUGUUGAGGCACUUCAGAAAUGGGAUGUUUGUCAAAGACAGAAUCGAAGAGAACGAGAAGACAAUGUUGACAUUUAUGGUGAACAUGCGAAUGGUGACAACAGUAAACUUUUUCCAAAAGGGCCAAGAAAGGGGGCUAGUGUCUAUCCUAGUGAUAAUGGUUUGGUUAGAAAUGUGAAGCAAAUUGCCGAGGACAAACAUCACUUGUAUAUCUCCGAGGCUGAAUUGCAGAUGCAUCCAGCUCGUGUCCCAUUGUGGGCAAAAUCACAGAUAUACUUUCACGUGAUGAUGAUGGAUGGCAUCAAAAUGGACAGUGAUGAGGUUUUGGGUGGGGAGGUUGAGAUUGAAAGGGUUCCAACUCGCAUGAUUGAAGCUCGAUCAAAAGAUUUGGUACCAGUCUUUGAUUAUCUCCAGACACCCAAAUGCCAACAAUCAAGGUGCACUCCGGUCCUGGUGUGCUCUUUAGAUAGCCAUCGGAAUGGCCCAUCACUGCUGCAUCAGAAGCCUGGUCUGUCAGAAGAUGGGAGGCUUUCGCAGCGAAGCAGCUGUAGCUCAUUUGAUGGCAUGCCUGAAGGUGCUGCAGUGGUUGCGGAGCCUCACAAUGGCAUUGAAGAAAAUGGUUGGGGCUGUCUCCGAGUGUCGACUGAAUCGAUUCAAGGCUUUGUAAAUAACAGUGACAGCCCAAGGAUGAAGACUCAGCUCGAGUUUGUAAAUAACAGAGAAAGCCCGAAGAUGGAGGCCCAGCUCCAGCUUGUAAAUAACAAACAGAGCCUGAAGAUGGAGACCCACUUUGAGGAUGGUGAUAAUGAGUCAGUUUAAGGUGUGCACCAAUUCUUUUGUUCUCACAGGAGACUAUUAACCAGUGUUUGUAUAUGAUGAUGGAUGGCAUGUAGAGAGCAGAAAGGGAUCAACUAUGUCGAAACUGUGGAUAUUAAGGUGUUGGAACUCCUUUUCUGGCGACCUUGUAAAUAACAGAUUCUUCAAUAUAUAUUUUCAAUAAUCGCCUGUAUGAUGUAAAUGAUAACAAAACGAUAGCUUCUGUUUCACUAUCUCUGUAUAGAGCCCUUUUACCAGGUGGCUGCACUUUGGUGUUGUUUGUGCUAGGAAUGGAGUGGAGGCCAAAGUGGUCAGAUUUGUUAGCAUUGUGUUCUUUAUUUAUUAAUAAAUUUAAUUUUAAUACUUGCUCUCA